AUGCCUCGCGAAAUCACUGGAAUUGGAAGUCAUCUAGCGCGGAUCCGUGACCAUAUUUUCCCGAGACGUCGACAAGAUCAGCCGGCACCAGUUCUCGAGUAAGUAACCGAAUUGCAAGAAAAUGAGAGUGAAAAUGGCCCUUUUUAAAAAUUCCAAUUUUUUUAAAUAUGAUCAUUCGCCGAAAAAACAUCCAAUCGCAAAGAAAAAGUUGUGUUUAUCAUCAGGUUCACAUUUUUUUUUCUGCCAAAAAUACCAAAUUGGAUGAAAUUUGACCCCUGCUCCGCUUCAAGACCGUUGUGUUUUGCUGUAUUUUUUGCAGUUUUGUAGAGCAAAAAAGCAAAAAAAAAAACUGCGUUUACUGUAGCUUUUUCCUGCUUUAAAACGGGACUGUCUCGGGCAGACUGGACUGCAUCAGGAGUCUUCAAAAGACCUUAAUAAUAUAAUUUAUUUACAGGCAGAACGAAAUAACAUGUACAAAAAAAAGAAGGGAAGAAUUGGCAUAAAAGCCUGAAAUAAAUAAAUAAAAGGAACUUCAAAGAGUUUUUACACUAAUUCAUAGAAAAUUUCAGAAUUCACCUGUUCAGAAAAAAAUAACAGCUCGAUAGCCGACGCUUGAAACCUUGCGACUUCCAGGCUUCCAAUCGAAGCAGAAGAAGUUGAAGAUGGCCCUCAGUCUCCAUAUAACAGCUUCGAGGCUCGAAAGGAGAUGCACCUUGUCAUCGACCGGAACAGCUACAAAUUUCUCAUCCUUCGCUGUUUGGUGCCGGGUGACCGUUACGUGAGGAUGCACACCUUGCAGACCUUAAUGAACUGUCGCAGGCUGGUCCGAAAUGGGAGAGGACGACGAAGGAACGCCUGGGGGUGAUCGUCCUCUGUCACAACGUCGCUAUUCUCGUCGUCAAGGGCGCCGACGACGAAAUUCAGUACUUCUUGCCGGCCGAGAUCCGUCGCGGAGUCUACGAUGUUUAUAAAUCUUUUUCGAGUCUUCGUCUGAAUCUUCGAGUCUCGAAUCUUCGAAAGCUAUUGGUGAACAAGAAGGCGUUUAAAGGAAAAAAGCCUGCUCGCUUUUUGAAAGCCGUCUAUCUUUUGAAAUUCAAAGAUUCAGACGUUAACUUCUUUUUUUCUUGAAAAUAAUCAAGAAUAACCUUCAGCUUCGUAUUUCGGAAGUGAAGCACAUCACGGAAGUCACUCGCUUUCUGGCCCAGUUCCCAUCCGUCCGCAUUUUGAACGUCAAGAGUCCUGGUCUUUUUCAUCUCAUGGACCUUCUCUGCGUCAUGAAAAAAUGCGAAUCGCUCAAGUAAGUCUUAAGGAGAUUCCAGAGAGAAGAGUAGGAAUAUUCAAAAAAAUUGAAUGGAACAAAAUAGGAUUGAUGAAUAGCGAAAUAGAUAAGAAGAAGAAGAUUAUUAAGUUUUGUUUUUUUGAUGAAAAAACGUGUUGAAAAAAAUGGCAUCUUUGAUCAGAGUAGAUUAAGUUUUGAUGAAGUGAGUCGAUUUUCAGUUCAUUUUGUCGAAAACGAGGAAUUUGGCUCAGAAUAUAUGUACAUAUACUUUUUUUAUGAGAUAUGAUUUUAUCAAUGCAAUUCAUUCUGUUUUUUGGAUAAGCUUUGUUUCAAAAAAAUUUAAUCUUUUUUUUAUUAUCCCAAUUAUGUCUCAGUGAAGUCUAUUUUUUUAUGUACCAAAAACUAUCCAAAUUGGAAUACCAGUUAGGAAAACUGAACUCACGAACUUUUCACAAUUUAAAGCGGUUUCAAAUAAAUCGUUGCUUCAUUCCUUUCUGAUUGUUUUUAUUUUUCUGAUUCCAGAGUGACGGGAGAUUCGGUUCAAGUCAGCAAAUUCGAAUUUGCUCGCAUAAUUGAGCUGCAAAAAGCUGAUAGUCGUCGGUUCGAAGAUCUUCAUGUCAUUAAUGCAACUAUCAAAUUCGAUUUCUACGAGUUGCUCGGAUUUAUCAUCGUUGAAUUUCAAAGCAAGAAAAAAGAGGAAUAAUCAGAUUACAGGAUCUUUCUCGAAUCGAGCACAAUCAGAACGAAGAACUGGAUGAUCCUACAACGGUCUACGGGCUUUCGGUAUUAUAUUUUUCUGACUUUUGAGAACAGCGUUUGUUUGAGACUUGGCUCGACGUCAAUGACUACAACCCCAUCAAGAUCUCGUUCGACAGAGUUGCUUUGAACAUGCAGCUACAGCUCAGCCAGCAGCUGGAUCAGAUGGUCCUCGAGCAUACUUUGGAUGCACGGCUUCUGUAUCGCAACUCUCGGGCUGGGGUUGAUAAGUACACGUUUCUGUCCGACAAGACUCUCUUUGUCAUUGUCAUCGACAGCAACUUGUAG